CCCUGCUCCCUGUGGGCCCCGCCCCCGUCCAGGCCCCGCCCCUCAGCCUGUCCGUCAACCCCGCUCGCCUCCCGUCGUGCCCUCACGCCGGCCUCGGAGCGGCCCGUUGUUAUGACGACACGGUCGUAAAUCCGCCAUCUUCCUGCGGCGCGUUGCGACAUGGAGGGCGCGAUGGCAGUGCGGGUGACGGCCGCUCAUACGGCAGAAGCCCGGGCCGAAGCCGGGAGGGAAGCGGGCGAGGGCGGGGUCGCGGCGGCGGCGGCGGCCUUGGCCCCCGGCGGCUUCCUCGGCCUUCCGGCGCCUUUCAGCGAGGAAGAUGAGGACGACGUGCACAGGUGCGGCCGCUGCCAGGCCGAGUUCACUGCCUUGGAGGACUUCGUGCAGCAUAAAAUCCAGAAGGCAUGCCAGCGGCCCCCCCAGGAGGCCCUGCCGGCCACCCCUGCUGCCGCGGCGCUGCUGGGCCAGGAGGUGGUGCCGGCGGCGACAGGCCCGGAGGAGCCCAUCACCGUGGCACACAUCGUGGUGGAGGCAGCGUCCCUGGCAGGAGACAUCAGACAUGCCCCUGACCUCGUGGGUGGCGGGCACAUCAAAGAGGUGAUUGUGGCUGCCGAGGCGGAGCCAGGGGACAGCGCGAUGGCAGAGGCCCCGGGCAGCCCGAGCCGUCGGGAGCUGAGUCUUGCUGGGGAGGGCGAGCAGGCCCAGGUCAGGCUGCUGGUGGACAAGGACGGCCGCUACGUGUGCAUGCUGUGCCACAAGACCUUCAAGACGGGCAGCAUCCUCAAGGCCCACAUGGUCACCCACAGCAGCCGCAAGGACCACGAGUGCAAGCUCUGCGGGGCCUCCUUCCGGACCAAGGGCUCGCUCAUCCGGCACCACCGCCGCCACACAGAUGAGCGCCCCUACAAGUGUGCUAAGUGCGGGAAGAGCUUCCGGGAGUCGGGUGCACUGACCCGGCACCUCAAGUCUCUGACCCCGUGCACGGAAAAGAUCCGCUUCAGCAUGGUCAGCAAGGAGGACGCGCCUGCAGGGUCCAGCACCUCCACCGUGGGGACGGCUGCACCGUCCUCAGUGACGGAGGAGCCUGUGGAGACGUCGCCCGUGAUCCAUCUGGUGACAGAUGCCAAGGGCACCGUCAUCCACGAAGUCCACGUCCAGAUGCAGGAGCUGCCCUUGGGCAUGAAGGCCUUGGGCCCAGAGCCCCCGGGCCCUGAGGAGCUUCCUGGUCCCGGCGAGGGCAGCCGGGAGAACCUGCUGCACCAGGCCAUGCAGAACUCGGGCAUUGUCCUCGAGCGGGUCGCUGGGGAGGAGGGGCCCUUGGACCCAGCCCCUCCCGCCAGGCCCAGUCCACAGCCCCUGGGAGACGGCCCCUCGGAACUGCCGCUGCUGGCGGUGGAGCAGAUGGAGACAGUAGGGACACAGGUGGCCAGCGAGGCCUCAGCUGUGCCCAAGACCCACCCGUGCCCUCAGUGCAGUGAGACCUUCCCGACGGCAGCCACCCUGGAAGCCCACAAAAGGGGCCAUGCAGGGCCAAGGCCGUUCACCUGCAUGCAGUGUGGCAAGGCCUUCCCCAAGGCCUACCUGCUCAAGAAGCACCAGGAGGUGCACGUGCACGAGCGCCGCUUCCGCUGCGGGGACUGUGGGAAGCUGUACAAGACCAUCGCCCACGUGCGCGGCCACCGGCGCGUCCACUCGGAUGAGCGGCCCUACCCUUGUCCCGAGUGCGGCAAGCGCUACAAGACCAAGAAUGCGCAGCAGGUGCACUUCCGGACACACCUGGAGGAGAAGCCGCACGUGUGCCAGUUCUGCAGCCGCGGCUUCCGGGAGAAGGGCUCUCUGGUGCGGCACGUGCGGCACCACACGGGCGAGAAGCCCUUCAAGUGCUACAAGUGCGGCCGCGGCUUUGCCGAGCACGGCACGCUCAACCGGCACCUGCGCACCAAAGGGGGCUGCCUGCUGGAGGUGGAGGAGCUGCUGGUGUCGGAGGAGAGCCCCGCCGCCGCCGCCGCCGUCCUGGCCGAGGACCCGCACACCGUGCUGGUGGAGUUCUCCUCCGUGGUGGCCGACACCCAGGAGUACAUCAUUGAGGCCACCGCAGGGGACGCAGAGACCAGUGAAGCCACGGAGAUCAUCGAGGGCACCCAGACGGAGGUGGACAGCCACAUCAUGAAAGUGGUGCAGCAGAUCGUGCACCAGGCCAGCGCCGGGCACCAGAUCAUUGUGCAGAACGUGACCAUGGACCAGGAGGCGGCGCUGGGUCCCGAGGCGGCUGCGGCAGACACCAUCACCAUCGCCACCCCCGAGAGCCUGACGGAACAGGUGGCCAUGACGCUGGCUUCGGCCAUCAGCGAGGGCACGGUGCUUGCAGCCCGCACGGGCGCAGGCGGCUCAGAACAGGCUACUGUGACCAUGGUGUCCUCGGAGGACAUCGAGAUCCUGGAGCACGGCGGCGAGUUGGUCAUCGCCUCGCCAGAGGGCCAGCUCGAGGUGCAGACGGUCAUCGUGUAGCCUGGGGCUGCGCCUCCCGAGAGCUGGACCUGGGGUGGGCCCUGAGGUGCAGACGGUCACCGUCUAGCCUGGGCUGCGCCUCCCGAGCUGGGCCUGGGGUGGGCCCUGAGGUGCAGAUGGUCACCGUCUAGCCUGGGCUGCGCCUCCCGAGCUGGGCCUGGGGUGGGCCCUGAGGUGCAGACGGGAGCCGUCUAGCCUGGGGCUGUGCCUCCCGAGCUGGGCCUGGGGUGGGCCCUGAGGUGCAGACGGUCACCGUCUAGCCUGGGGCUGCACCUCCCAAGCUGGGCCUGGGGUGGGCCCUGAGCUGUCCGCGCCUGCCCGGCCCAGUGCAGAGAAGACAGCCCAGAGGCCAGGCUCCUGGGCACAGUGGAGCAGUGUAAAUAGUUUUUCUGUUGCUUUACAAUAAAAUGUGAAACCUUG